GAUAAUAAAGAUCACACAGAUCAUGAAAAGCACGUCGAUCGCGGGAAUACUCCUCUUGAUGAUGCUGUGGAAUGUGUACAUGGCAACGGAGGGUGUUCGAGCCAUGUCGUGCGGGAACGUGAGCUUGAACUUGGGCACGUGCAUGUACUACCUGGCGGGAAUUGAACCCCGCCCGCCGUUCUCGUGCUGCGACGGCGUCCGCCACCUCAAGUCCCUGGCUGUGAGCACCGCCGACCGCCGCCUGGCGUGCCACUGCAUGCGAGUCGCCGUCGACCGCUACACGGGCCUCCGGAACGAUCUCUUCAAAACCCUCCCCGACGUGUGCUGCGCCUCGCUCUCCUUCUCCGUCGACCUCGAAAAAUGUGAUGAGAUACCAUAACUUGAAGAAGGGG